UCACCUCUCCGCGUAGUAAAGCCUCUCCUCUCCGUCACCAGCAGCCGGACUCAGUCUGCUGAGGGCCGACGCUGAGUCUCGACACGGGCACCGAGACAAACGAAUACGGUUUUGAGAACCACCCCCCUCCCUUCCCCUCCUCCUCCUCUCCUCCUCCUCCUCUGCCUCCUCUGUCUGUUGUUGCGCUUCUGCUGCAGCGGCCAAGUUCAGGUGAGCCUCGUCACCGGCACAACAAGUCCUCUCUCCGGUACCGAGCGGGAUGCUUGCACCCUCCCGUUAAAUGAGGAUGUUAUAAAUGGGCCGCGCAGGAUGUGAAGCCUCGCUAGAAGAAGCAGGAGGAUGGCGAAACCAGGCUUGUCUGCGGCGGUGCUGCUGCUCCUGCUGGGCUUCCUCUUGGUGUCCUCCGUUAAAGCCGACACCCUGCUGUCAGCUCCACUCAAUGUGACCAUCAAAGACAUUGAGGUAAACUCCGCCGUGGUCACGUGGGAAAUCCUGGAGGGGGACCCCGUCAUUGGAUUCGCCAUCACUCAACAGAAGAAGGAUGUACGCAUGCUGAGGUUCAUCCAGGAGGUCAACACCACCACACGCUCCUGCGCAUUGUGGGAUCUGGAUGAGGACACGGAGUACAUCGUUCACGUUCAGAGCAUCAGCAUGGGAGGCAGCAGCCCCCCCAGCGAGCCCAUCCUCUUCAGGACGCCCAAAGAGUCGGAGAAGAUGGCGUCUAAGAGCCCAGACGAGGUGACGAUGGAGGAGGUUGGUCAGGCUGCUCAGCUGAGGGCUGGAGAACUCAUCAUCAUUGUAGUGGUGCUCAUCAUGUGGGCAGGGGUGAUCGCCCUGUUUUGUCGUCAGUAUGACAUCAUCAAAGACAACGAGCCCAACAACAACAAGGACAAAGCCAAGAACUCCUCAGAGUGCAGUACUCCAGAGCACCCACAGGGGGGGCUACUGCGCAGCAACGUCUAAGACCAGCCCUGCAGAGCCUUGUGCAAUAACCAACUCCUCGAACCUCAGGACAGAUCCUGAGACCAACAGAAAGCCAUUCUCAGACACCAUCGUACUGAAGAGCUGAUAAACCAUGACAGAAACUUUUCUCUACACAAUGAGGAACUCUUCAAAACCAAUGGACACACACGUGAACCUGCAGAAUUACAGACUGCAACCAGUCAAACAGGAGCAGGAGAGGACAACAUUACUCUUACCUUUGUUGUGACCAAAACUGGACUGCAGCCUACUUUGAGUGGACGGCCAACACAAAGACACAGGACAUAAAAUGGCCGUCGAUCAAAGCACGGGAGGGGACGUCUUUUCCUCUUGACAAGAACUGCUCGAUUCAUACGUUCUGAUUACUCUUCAUCAGUGGCAUCAAACCAGGAGCAGACCAUCAAACAUGAAUGUCUCAGUAUUUUUGUUUCAACUUCAGGUUUGUAUCACUGGUCAGAGGUUCAGAGAUGACUCGUGGGAACAGCUGGUCCUCUGGGUCCAGGUUAUCAGUCAGCACACAACUUAACAAGCUAAGUUCAGUUUUAAACCAAGGACUUUCUCUUUUUCUAUCUCCCCAUCCACAUCCGUCCUUUCUGUCUUUAUUACAGCCAGUUGUGUAGCAGCUCAUCUCGCCCCGUCUUUCUGUGUCGGUGUCUCUCUAAUAAGCACAUUGACGUUUGGUGCUCCUCCUAUUGUGAUUGUUUGAGCCCUCACAAUCCCAGUCUUGAUUACGAUAUCAUUUUCUUAUUGGGUCAGAAAUAUUGCACGUUGAGUCUUGUCUCCUGCCUCUUUCUCUCUCUGUGUCAUCAGCUAAAUGAUGCGUCUGUUUUUUUCUCCUCUCUGAACUGCAACCUCAACGCCCUUGUCAGUUAGGGGAUAAAAUGUGACACAUUUUUACAGUACACCAUAUUUUCCUUAUAUGAGUUGGAUGAUGCUGUCUGAAUGCAGCUGUGAUUCAGACAGAGUUCAAGGAUCGACUGGGCGAUCUCGCACCACAGCGGUGUCUGACUCCAAAUCCAAAUUUUAUUGCAACUUCCAGGUUUGAAAUCCAGAAGUUAACUUUAGUGUCCAACUUUGAAAAGACUGGCACGUCUGGAAAAUGACAGAUUUAGGUUCAAAUUGAGGUUUAUUGCUCAUCACUGCAUAUUCAGCACCAUAUGCUAUCUGCGGUCUGCAACAGGAUGUGCAGGGAAUAAGGAUGGAGACAUGCAGGACAUCAUUCCUAAUGAAAUGUAUACACUGGGCAAAGUUUGGCUGGGUUUCCGCUCCGGUUUGGCGGGAGACCAGCAGGGAUGCCAGGCUGCAGAAGCACACAGAUAAUCCACUCAGCUGUCUGGCUGUUUUGAAAUGUAAACCGUUUCCCCUCAGACGCCUUCUGAAACUAUCAUUACCCUGCAAACCUGUAAUGUAUGAGAUGGAGAAAAAAAUGCAUAAAAUCCAGGUGUAAAUUCACUAAAGAUGCAGAUUGGAUCGCCACAACUACCAGCACUUUGUGGAACAUGCAGACUGACAGUACAGCUAGAACUUGCGAGAACUGUGGCGGCAUUUUAGGGCAAAAAAUAUCACGAUAACUUCCCCCGUAUUGAUCAAUAACGAUAUUUAUCACAAUAUAUAUUUUGAUAAUGCUGCGAGUUUGAAAAGUAUCCUGGAAACCAAAUGAUUUCCAGCCUUCUGCGGCACUUGUCGUAAAGCUGGGGCAGAGAAGUUUGAGAAGAGUAUAUCCUACCUGGGAGCUCGUACCUGCAGUCUCGCACUUUAGUUUCUUGAACCCGUCUUUGUCCACGGUGCUCAUGGGCAUCAUGUCUUUGGCUAGAAAGUUUGUCACUGCAUCCGUUAUAUCUCUGCUCCUGUCUGAUCGCUUCUUAUAUGGGGUUACGGCGGCAAAAAUGGACACUAUUGAUUGUUGCCCACAGCAGCAGAAGUGAUUGGCCAAGCAAGGUUGAGCAACACUUGUUGGUGGACUUACUGCUGUUUUGGCCUGGAUGUUCAUGCUCUUAGUGUAGUCGUUGCGAUGCCACCUUUUCAGGUGAUGGAAAAAGUUGCUCGUCCUGGUUGGCGCCAACCAACGACAUAUUUUGCAGACAGUCUUUGUACGUGUUUCGUCACCUUUCAACUAGCCAAACCACUUCCAAAUUAUUAUUAUGAUAAUUAUGAUUAAUUAUGAUUAAUCAAGGAAAAUCAAAAGUAUUUGCAGCCCUAGUUCUGAAGCACACUUGGACAUCCACUUAUUAAAGGAGAAAUCAGCCGAACUCGUAACCUCCCACUUGUUUCGUACCAUUUGAUGAAGGGUUUUAUGUGACGGACCAAAGGACUUCAUCAGAAUUAUCCAGCUACAGAUAAAGCUUCAUUAUCUUCUUCGGGCCUUCCUGUUUAAUUAUGAUUUGUUAUCCACAUAAUUGCAAAUAUACUGGACCCUCGCCCCUGAAUACUGACGCUCACCAGCUGAGUUCACCAUGAAGUCAGACAGAAAAACACUGCGAAGCUGAACUCAGCAGACUUACAGCCAUAUUAGAGAUAAUGAGUGAAUGUCUGAAUGCCUCGCUGGUUGAGAUGACUGCUAAUCAGCACCACACACACACACACACGUAUACAUACGCACACGCUGGAUUUAUGUACUGUAUUUAAAUACUGUGCUGGAUGAGACAGACACUACUUCCUCAUCUCUAUCAUCAGUUCUACCAGCACAUCAAACCCUCACCCUGCCAUCCAUUUUUCACCCUCUACCUCUUUUAUCAGCCUCCUUCUUUCCUCCUCUAUCUUCAGCCACCCUCAUCUGCCUUCAUUCCUCCAUUUAUGACUUUCCCCUCACUCUCUAUCCCUCUGUCGCAAUGCUCUUUCUCUCAUACAUCACUCCACCCUUCCUGGUUUCUCCCCUUCACCAGUCUUGUCCUCACUUCUCCCCCCCGCCACCCCCCCACCCCCAGCCUCCCUCUCCCCUGUUUCUCAUUAUAUCCACUCUCAGACUCCCGUUAGCCUCCCCUUCUCCCUCUCCGCAUCAGCUCUUCUCUCUCUCAUUCGGCCCCGGCCCGCUGCCUAUCCCUUGCUGCUCUGCUCAUUUAUCACUUUUUCGUCUCAGGCCGGCCUGGAUGGUCACUUUACAUGGUAAACAAGUAAGGUGGAAUAGACUAGAGGAAGGACGAGAAGUUAAGAGAAGAUCAGACAGGAAAGGUAGAGAUAAAACAGAAGCACUUUAUUUACAUUAUUAAUAAGCACAUACCUAAAGGUUGAGUUUUACAAGUGCUUUUAAAAAGGAGCAGGAUUCGUCAGACGUAAGGAAACAGCUGAUUGUUCAGUAAACUUUCCCCUUGAAUAGCAAUGUUUCUGUGUGUUACAUAUAAAGUAAAGGUAAAAUUGAAGACAGCUGGCAUUCAAACGUGUGCAUAUUGUUGGCAGACGCCACUGUAGUGAUGGCGACUUGUUUACUCCCAGUAUGUCUCCAGACAUACAAACACAAUACAAUGUCCAACAAACACCGACUUUCACCCCAUUACACCUGCUGGGUCUGUCAUGUGACGCCCUGCGGCCCAGAAUGACUUUUUUCCAUUGACUCACGUGGCAGAAGUGACGUCUGUGUAUCAGAGAAUACAUUUAUUGAGCGUCUAUCAUGAUCAAGAUAUAAUGCAUUUGGUUUGAUUGACAUUUUCAAUGUCUGGAAAAACUGCACAGUUGAAUUAUUUUAUCCUCAUUCGAGAUAACAGAACACUAAAUUGGACGUUAGCUGGCUCAGCCCACAGAAGUCCGUAGUGCACCUGCUCUAUGGGCCGUAGAAUGCGAAAGAAGUGACAGUCUCUAAGGCUGCUUUCACACCUGUCCUGUUUGGUUCAAUUCAGUUUGUGCAGGUGUGAACACACCAAAACAACUGGACUGAGACCUUCUUGAAGAGGUGGUCUCAGUCCGGUUCCAAAGGAACUCUGGUGCGGUUGGUUUGUGGUGAGAAGGUGUUCCGACCUGGAUGUGAAGCAACUGCAGUCACAUGACACAUUGUUUGGGUUAAACAUGAGCAUGUUACAGUCCUGGAGGAUUAUUAAUGUGCACCUCCUCCUGUACUGCCUUAAUAUGCACAUUCAGCACAUCCAAUGCAUCAAAACAUUGUUUUCUAGUUGGAGCCGCGCCUCGUUUUCAAACUGUAUGGUUUGACUAAAAUGAACAAUGACAGCAAUAUAGUCCACGAUGAGCAGCGCUAAAAUCAACCUGCGUAGUUGUCCCUCCAUUGUGACAUUAGAAAGUGUCACAUUUAUCUUGCAAGUGUACUCUUCUUCAACGUUUGCUUUACUUCCUGGAUUUUCCCCACAUGGAAAUUCUGACCAAUCAAGAGCAGCUUUCUCACACAAGGCAUUUGAUCUGGUCCUCUUGUAAAUGCUGCCGUGAGAACACGAACCAACUCUAGGCAAUUAUACAACUUUGGAACAACAUGAGUCCCUGAUUCAGACCAAAGGAGACCACUCUAGGGCUGACAGCAGCCUGAUACGUUGGUUGAACUUGAAAAAGACCACCAGAUUCACUCACACACCAAUCUGUCAAACCAUAAGGACGGGUGUAAAACAAAUGCACCCAGAAGGAGAAGAGAUUAAAAGAAUGACUGUGUUGAAUGAACAAGUGACUCCAGCGGUGGUCUAUUAACUGGAGCUGAAAUAAAGACAGCACACAAACAGAAAGAGACUUUUCUGAAGCAUCUGAUACUUGAAGCAGUGACAGAAGUGGGCUGUAGGAUUAAAAAACAAGCACGCCCAAUGAAGUAGACACUGGGGGGUUUGAAUGUCAAGGUUUUUCAAGGGUAGUGUGGCCGGUCACGUGUGAGUGGGCCUGUUAGGAGCUGGAGUCAGAGUGGUUGUUGUUGCUCCGUCUGCACAGAUGGACCAGGUGAAAGCAGGGAAAGAUUCCAGUCAGCAAGUGUGUUUCCCCGUCGCUGCUGUUAUGUUCAGUCUCUUUCUGUCAUGAAGACGAGAACAGGACAACAAAAGAUUCUCGUUGUGCAGACGUUGGCAUGAAAACACAGAUUCUCUCCUCUUCAUCCUUGAACUUGAUUAUUUACAGCGUGUUAAAGUAACUUCUGUUUUUCGACAGAGCUGCUUGUUGGAUGGUCACACAGAUUUGGAAACGCUUCUUGGCAUCAGAUUUUUAGGGAGCGGCAUGCGACCGUUUCUGUAACUUUCCCAAACAUCCUCACACCUGCGUCAUGCUGUGAUUGGCCAGCUGCAAGUGUCCAGCUGUGAUUGGCCAGCUGCGUGGAGGUGACAAAUGAGCCGGAGUUUGACCUUCUCUCUCUGUAGCUUUUUUUUUAUAUAUAUAUAUUCCUGACACGACUAUUUCUGUCACUUCUCAGUAACAAAGUGCAACACCAUGAAUGUCUUCCAGGACAGACUCCACCUCUGAGUGGAGCCUUUAGGAAGGUUUCUCCCUACAAUACACACACAUUUGGAUGCAAGUUGUAGUGUACAGUUUCUGCUUUAACCUAUACUUUUAUGUAACGUUAGUUUGACAGAAUCAGGAAGAACCGGUGCAGUUCUCAGCUGCUCCAACAGCAGUUGCAAACUCCAACUUUGGCCUUUAUGUAUGUUAGCUUAAGGAAAAGGCCAAGGUGAGGAGGAGCAUCACCUAUGGGAACAGUUAGCAGAGAGUGACAUCGAAAGGUCAACAACACUCUCAGGUUUGAACUGGGAUUAUGAGGCUGGAGCCAGGAGACGCAUAAAAUGGAAGUCGCUAGCAGGAAACAGCCUAGCUAGCAUAGCUAUCCAAAGUUAAAGAUUGUUGUACCUUGUUCACCUGUCUAAACAAUCCAGCUAUGCAUCAGCUCAAAGGCGUUCGAAAUUUAGCAGCUCGACUUUUGACCAAAACAAAAUGAUCUUCACACAUCACACCUAAUUUGGUUUCCUUGCACUGGCUAACAGUCUCGUUUAGAUUCAACUUUGAAGUGCUUGUAAUCACAUACAAGACUCUCAAUGAUCUGGCACCAAAGUACAUAUUUGACCCUGCCCUAAGUCCCGCCCUCGGACAAAGACUGGCCAGUCAUAACGUAGCAUCAGGCCGGCUCAGACCAGGGUUUGUCAACACCACAGCUGUGCUCCAUUGACUCUAAUGCAGUCAUUUCAUUCAAUUUCCUUCAUUUUCAGGCUGGUUUUGUGGAUUUGGAGCUAAAUGUUGUGCCAUAUAUAUCAUAUCAUUAAUGAUACUCGUUACCUGGAGAAGUUGGAAAAAGAUAUACGUUUCUUCCCUGUUCCAAAACCAAAAUCAGACCCUGAAAAGUGUAGGGUUAGCCAGCUAGCUACUGAAGAUGUAGCCUACUGAAUGUAUCCAACUUAUUUUUCACGGAAACACAGACGCAAAACAGAACGCAGACAGCUUCCGUUUUUUUGUGCGACACUUCCGGUCCAGCACUCUUACCACUGUGUAAAUGGGAAUUGCCUUGUUGUUUACCUUGUUGAGUUUAGCUAUAUAUAUGUAUAUAUCACAUUUUUCACGUCACUAUAUCACCGUUUAGACUAAUCUGAUGUUUGUAAAGUCUAUAAACACAAUGAUUGAACAAACAUUACUAUUUCUGUGUGUGUAAUUAAUAACAUGGUUAUCGUAGAUUAGCUGGGCUAACUGUUAACCGUUAGCUGUUAGCUGUUAGCUGUUAGCUGUUAGCCGUUAGCGGUGUCUGUAAUAACUCAAUAACUCAAGAAACGGUUCGUGAAAAAAAUAUUUUUUCCAGCAGAUGUCUUAGUUACAACAUGAUUGAGCUAACUGGAGUAGUUUCAUGUUGUAUCCGACAACGGGAGGCUUUUAACAGAUGACGUCCUGAUGUUAGCUUUGCUGCUAGUGUUAGCUGUCCCUGUCAGCU